AUGGAGAGAGGGGAAUGGGACAACCAGACGUUGCUGAUGGAGUUCCUCUUGCUGAGACUAGGGGAUGCCCAUAAGCUCCAGACACCUCUCUUUCUCCUCUGCCUGACCAUAUACACAGUGACCAUGGUUGGGAAUGUCCUCAUCAUUGUGCUGGUGGUCAUAGACCCGCAUGUCCAUACAGCCAUGUACUUCUUCCUGGUGAAUCUAUCCAGCCUAGAGACCUGCUACAGCUCCACCAUCCUGCCCAGGCUGCUAGCCAGCUUCCUGACUGGAGACAGGACCAUCUCUGGGCAGGGAUGUAUGGCACAGUUUUUCUUCUUCGGCACUUUUGCAACUUCUGAGAGUUACCUGCUGGCUACCAUGUCCUAUGAUCGGUAUCCGGCCACGUGUCAACCUCUGCUUUAUGCAAGCCUCAUGAACUGGAAAGUAUGUCUCCAACUGGUGGCUGGAUCAUGGGUUGUGGAACUGCUAAUUUCUACAGGUAUCAUAUCUUUCAUAUGUCGCCAAACGUUCUGUGGCCCCAGUGCAAUUGACCAUUUCUUCUGUGAAGAAGCUCCAUUGCUAGAACUCUCCUGCACUGACAUUACGAUGAUCAGAAUUCUUAUUAUUAUAUUAUCUUUCCUGGACAGAGAUUCCUUACAUAUCUUGGUAAACAAAUACAAUGGAGAUCCUAAUGGAUGUAAUCUUUAUCCUAUUCCCAUGAAAGAAUUGGUCUUUGUAAAAACUUACUUUGAUAGUUUGUCAACUAAUUUAGAGAUCCCACCCACUUUCAAAUACUAG